UGGGCCGUGCCCGGCCUGUGCCAGCGCCCAGGGAAGGGUCCGGUUUAUGGGCUCCAUAAAUAAUCUUAUUUAGGGAAUCUUGGAAUCGCUCAGGCUGGAAAAGAUCGCCAAGGCCAACCCUUCCCCCAGCACCGCUAACCCGGGUCCCUCAAGCGCCGCUUCCUCGUGUUUUUGGGGACGGGGACUCCGUGCCGGUGCUGGAUCCCCGUUUCCAGGGAGAAAUUCCCGCCGAUGCCCAGCCUGAGGCCGUUCCCUUUCCCCCUGUCCCCGUCCCCUGGCAGCGGAGCCUGACCCGCACAGCUGCCCCGUCUCUCAGGGACUUGCGGAGAGCCGGAAGGUCCCUCCCGAUCCCGCUUUUCUCCAGGAUAAACAUUCCCAGCUCCCUCAGGCCCUCCAGCCCCUCCUUGUCCCAGGGCGGGGGUGGCACCCGGGACCCACAGCGGCGUCCGAACUACAACUCCCAGCAUGCCCCGCACCGGAAGUUCCGGCACCGCCCGCGCUAUAAAACCGCGCGCCGCCGCCGCCGCUUAAAGGGGCCGCGGGCUGUGCGAGGAAUUUCCCUGGAAAUGAGGAAUUUCCCUGGAAUUCUCUCCUUGAACCUCAAUCCCGGGCAGAUGUUUCCCGCUGGGCUCUGGCUCUAGGAUGUUGGAGAACCGAGAGGAAGGAAGCAGGGCCGGGUGGAUCCCUGACCCCGAUCCCGGUGUCCCGCAGGAGCUGACCACGGUGCGGGUGCAGGAUCCGCGCGUGCAGAACGAGGGCUCCUGGAAUUCCUACGUGGAUUACAAGAUCUUCCUGCACACCAACAGCAAGGCCUUCACCGCCAAGACCUCGUGCGUGCGGCGCCGCUACCGCGAGUUCGUGUGGCUGCGGCGGCAGCUCCAGCGCAACGCCGGCCUGGUGCCGGUGCCGGAGCUGCCGGGAAAAUCCGCGUUUUUCGUGGGAAGCACGGAUGAGUUCAUCGAGAGGCGGCGGCGGGGGCUGCAGCGCUUCCUGGAGAGGGUGGUGCAGAGCGCCGUGCUGCUCUCCGACAGCCGCCUGCACCUGUUCCUGCAGAGCCAGCUGCCCGUGCCGGCCAUCGAGGCCUGCGUGCAGGGCCGGGGCCCGCACUCGGUCACCGAGGCCAUCCUGCACUACGCCAUGGCCGGCGGCACCUGGGCACAGCGCGGGGACAGCGCGGGGCUGGCCGCUGCCAGCUGUGCCGGCCCGGGGAGCGCCCAGGGCUGCCUGGAGAGCUUCCCCUACUGGAGUGACUUCGGCACGGCCGAGGCACGGCCGGAGAGCCCGGAGAGUCCGGCCGGACACCGAGUGACCCCUCUGGACAGCCCAGAGUGUCCAGCUGGACACAGAGUGACCCCUCUGGACAGCCCAGAGUGUCCGGCCGGACACCGAGUGACCCCUCUGGACAGCCCAGAGUGUCCGGCCGGACACCGAGUGACCCCUCUGGACAGCCCAGAGUGUCCGGCCGGACACCGAGUGACCCCUCUGGACAGCCCAGAGAGUCCGGCCGGACACGGAGUGACCCCUCUGGACAGGCCAGAGUGUCCAGCUGGACACAGAGUGACCCCUCUGGACAGGCCAGAGAGUCCCGCCGGACAUGGAGUGACCCCUAAGGAGAGCCUGGGAUUCCCGGAAUUCCCAGCUGGACACUGAGUGACCCCUCUGGACACCCCCAGGCCCCGCAGCCCUCGCUGGGAGAGGGAUCAGCGCGGAGCCACUGGGAUGGCUGGACUGGUUGGACUGGGAGCACUGGGAAUGCGGCCCCAGCCGUGGCCGAGCUCUUUCCCAGCACAUUCCUGAUAUUCCCUGAUAUUCCCAGCAGUGUUUUCCUCACUCUGCUCCUGCCCAAAUCCCCCUGGAAUUCCCAAACUGGGCUCAGAUCCCUCUGGAAUUCCCAAACUGUGACAAUCGGAGCCGAGCUUCCUGCCGGGAAAAGGGAGGGAUGGGGCUGGAGUUUGUGUCCCCUUCCCGCUGGAAUUCCAGGGAUUUCUGGGAAAGCAGGAGCAGCUGGGGUGGUUUUGGUGUCUUCCCCUCCCUCAGCACUUGGUGUGGGCAGGAAAUAAAGGUAAUAAUAAAUAAAAAUAAAAUUAAUAAAAUCCA